GUAGUAGAGCGAAGCGAGUUAAACAGUGCACUUGUAAAACGUUUUCGGUGUUCUACGGUAGCUGUGAUUUAAAAAAACUUGAAUUAUACACAUUUGACGGAAAUAAUCAGUUUUACCGCAACUGCAGACUCACUGUGACAACUGCUCCAUUUCCGGCUAAGCGUAAUCGCAAAAAACUUCAUAACUGUAUUUUAUUAAAUCAACGUAUAACAUCCAAAAUGGUUCAUACAACAAUUUACGAUGUUGCACCAAAGCUAAAGACGAACGAAGUUCCCCAAAACAUGGCUGCCGAAGCUGAGACUCACUUGGAUCAUAUGUGCCGCUUGCAGUUCGACUCAGCGGUGCCACAUGUACGCCUCUCGGGCAUCGUCUGCACCAUUGGACCUGCCUCGCGUAGCGUUGAAAUGUUGGAGAAAAUGAUGGAAACCGGCAUGAAUAUUGCGCGCAUGAACUUCUCUCACGGCUCACACGAAUACCAUGCCGAAACUGUGGCCAAUGUACGCGCUGCAGCUAAGAACUACUCAGCGAAGAUUGGUUAUGAAUAUCCAAUUGCCAUUGCAUUGGAUACCAAGGGACCUGAGAUCCGUACUGGCCUCAUUGAGGGCAGUGGCACUGGUGAGGUUGAAUUGAAGAGGAAUGAAACCAUCAAAUUGUCAACCGACCCAGCUUUCCUCGAGAAAGGCAACAAAGACACAAUCUACGUUGAUUAUGCCAACAUCGUGAAGGUGGUGCAACCAGGCAAUCGCGUCUUCGUCGAUGAUGGUCUCAUCUCGUUAAUUGUUAAAGAAGUACAAAGCAACGCUUUGGUAUGCCAAAUUGAGAAUGGUGGCGCUUUGGGCUCACGCAAAGGUGUCAAUUUGCCCGGUGUACCCGUCGAUUUGCCAGCUGUGUCCGAGAAGGACAAAUCUGAUUUGAAAUUCGGUGUCGAACAAAAGGUCGAUAUGGUUUUCGCUUCAUUCAUCCGUAAUGCCGCGGCGCUUACUGAAAUCCGUGGUGUUUUGGGUGAGGAAGGCAAGAACAUCAAGAUCAUUUCGAAGAUUGAAAACCAACAAGGCAUGCAUAAUCUCGAUGAGAUUAUUGAAGCAUCCGACGGUAUUAUGGUGGCACGUGGUGAUUUGGGUAUUGAAAUUCCACCAGAGAAGGUAUUCUUGGCACAGAAGGCGAUGAUCGCCCGCUGCAACAAAGCCGGCAAGCCAGUCAUUUGCGCUACACAAAUGUUGGAAUCCAUGGUGAAGAAACCACGCCCAACACGUGCCGAAAUCUCCGAUGUGGCUAAUGCCAUUCUCGAUGGUGCUGACUGUGUGAUGUUGUCCGGCGAGACCGCCAAGGGUGAAUACCCACUCGAAUGUGUGCUGACAAUGGCAAAGACCUGCAAAGAGGCUGAGGCAGCUUUGUGGCACAGAAAUUUGUUUGCCGAUUUAGUGCGCGCCGCACACACCUCCACUCUGGACUCGCCCCAUGCAGUGGCCAUUGCUGCUGUUGAGGCUGCUUCAAAAUCGCUGGCCGCCGCUAUUGUGGUCAUCACGACUUCAGGAAAGUCGGCUCAUUUGAUUAGCAAGUAUCGUCCACGUUGCCCAAUCCUAGCGGUCACACGCUUCCCACAAACCGCUAGACAGGCGCAUUUAUACCGCGGCAUCAUACCUCUCGUCUACAAUGAACCAGCUCAACCUGACUGGUUGAAGGAUGUCGAUGCUCGUGUGCAAUUCGGCGUGCAGGUCGGCAAGAAGAACGGUUUCCUCAAAACUGGUGAUGCAGUGGUUAUUGUUACUGGCUGGAAACAGGGCUCUGGAUUCACAAACACCAUGCGUAUUGUUUACAUUGAAUAAAGACCAUCGCCGUUGUAAUGCUACCUCGGACUCAGUUAUACCUAGAUGCAUACAAACAUAUAUAGAAAAAAAUACCUUAAGUAGCGCUCAGGGGCAAGCGCACAACUUCAUCUUGUUGCAGUGAAACUCAAAUACACGUAUUAAAUACAAAUCUACCUUCCAAAAGGUGGACUACAAAAUAAUUUAUUUAAAGGCUACUGUAAUUGAAUGUUGGUAUUAAUUUAUCCCCUGCACUAGUGAAGCGGAAUAUUAAAUGUUAUGAAUUACAAAUUUUAAUAAAACAUAAACACUUUAA